CUAGUGGCUUUCUUCCAUUGGCCCGGUGCGAUAGACCAGCGGCUCUUUGUGGUGUGUGAAUAUUCUGCCUGUGAGAGACUGAGAUUCAGGACACUCAUUCGCGCAGCAGAGAUGCAAAGAGAUUGGGCACACUGCUCUAAGCAGGGCGAAUCAGCAGUAGACGGAAAAGCUGACUAGCUAAUGCCUCAUUUGCUUAUGCUGCGGGACCAGUGUGAAACAAGAGAGAAAAGAGGAGCAGCGUUCAUUGAGUGAGCAGCACCGUGUGUUCCCAGCACAGAUCAUCAGCAGGCUUCUCGUUUGCAGUCCACUUGAACUGUGUGUGCACUGUGUGCAUGGGAGCUACAGCAGCAUAUGGCGUGUUACUAUAUUGUCAUCAGCUCUACACACCUUAGCAAUGGCCAUUUCAGAAACAUCAAGGGAGUUUUCCGUGGCCCUCUCUGCAAGAAUGGAAACAAGACACUGGAUUAUGCUGAAAAAGAAAAAGCAAUAACUAAAGCUUUGGAGGAUCUGAAGGCUAACUUCUACUGCGAAUUAUGUGACAAACAAUAUUACAAACAUCAGGAGUUUGAUAACCACAUCAACUCUUAUGAUCAUGCUCACAAGCAGAGACUGAAAGAACUGAAGCAGAGGGAGUUUGCCCGGAAUGUUGCUUCCAAGUCAAGAAAAGAUGAAAAGAAACAGGAAAAAGCGCUCAAACGUUUACACGAGCUGGCAGAACUCAGGAAGCAAGUACGCUGUGCCCCAGGGAGUGGUCCCAUGUUCAAGUCUACUACCGUUGCUGUUAAGAAUCCCCCGGGGAAAAAUCAUCCGUGUACCAACCUGGUCACUGAAGGAUCAGACAGUAAAGCGACGGACCCUGAAUGCGGGAUGGCUGGAAACACGUUGGAAACCGGCAGAGGAAAGAACAAGUCGCCGGCAAGCUGCAUGGCUGACGUGCGGAGGGUGGAACUCUGCAAGCUGGGGAAACAGAUCUGUGGACAGAAGGUGGGAUUCUCCUUCUCUUUCCCCAAGAAGGUCCCCAUUAAGCUGGAAUCAUCAGCUGCGGUUUUCUGCGAGAACAGCAAAGAAGGAGCCGGUAAAAAGAAUGCAAUCCUCAAACACAAGAUCAACGCCAAAACUUCCAACAUUCAAACGGGCACCGUGGCAGAGACCGCUGUUGAUUUAGCGAGCAACAAACACCAGCAACAAAACAAUGGCCACAGUACGGUAGAGACCUUGCUUAAAGAGGUACCGCAAGAAUUGGCCAUAAAGGGUUUUGACUAUGGUAUAGGAGAGACUACUAAUCUUUCAUCUUGUGUAUCUCAAGUUCAAUGCAGGAGUAAGCCAAAGCUUCCCAUGUUGGUGUCUGUGCCAUCAAUGAAACAAGAUACACUGCAGAAGGAAGUUAAAGCCACAGAAAAUGCCAUGAUGGAGAACUUCGGUCCUAAUGAAGAUGUAGCUGUGAGCAGCCAAGUGAUAAAUUCACUCCGGGAAAGUGAAGGAAGCACACCAUCUGAUGAAUUAACCCAGAGGGUUCAUGUCACCGGGGAGACCCUCAACAGUUUGCCUGAGAUUGGUUGUUCUGAGAAACAAGUGGCAGAGAUUACUGCAAGAGGCAUGCAAAAUAACCCAUGCUUGUGCAGAAGACCAGAUGUCCCUUUCUUCCCUGUGAUCAGCAAAGAUGACUCAAACGUCCUUCAGUGGCCUUCAGAGAUGUUACACUUUACCAGCACACAACCUUCCAUAACGUUUUGUUGCAACCCCCUCUAUUUUGACUUUAGAUCAUCCAAAUCUAAAGGCUGUGCAGAAGGGAUUAGGUCCAAAGCAAAUGAUUUAGAGACAACCCUGAGUUCACAGAAGGAACCAAGAAGACCUUGUGUCAAUGCUAAAGGGGAUUUUCUCAAUAGCUGUUCCGAUAUGAAACUAAACAUCUCUAGGUUGAAUGCACAAGAUACCAUCUGUAGUAAUGAGACGUACCAUGCUGGUCAAAAAAACGAUCUUGAUGUUUGUAACAAACAAGUGGUUGGGUUAAAGCAUCGCCACAAUGGGACUGAGCAAGAGGCGUCCAUUAGAGAAAUUAUAUCUUACUGCAAGCCUAAAAAAUUUAAAAAGCACAGACGAUCUUCCAGGCACUUGAGACAUAAGCGAAGGAAGCAUAGGACUGCAGGAGGUUUUAAACACUGGAGAGGAGAGGGCAAGCAGAUUCACCUGUGUAAAAAGAUGAAAAGGAGUAAGAUAUCAGGGGAGUGCAGAAGUAGAAAGACAAGUGAGGUGGGUGAAGGUUCCAGUAGUUCAGGGCCGAUUGAAUUGUCUGAUGAAGAACAUGUCAUAGAUAGUGAUGAAUGCAAAGAUGGGCACGGAAAGAUGAGCACAGAAAACUCAGAAGGAAGCCCUGGCCACUUUGAGGAUAAAUUUGAUCAAAGCAAUAAAACCUUGGAGAAACUGGAUGGAUUCUGGAAAAAUAUUGAUUGUGAUGCUCCGAAAAGAAAUACCUUGAAAAAUAAAUGUAUCCAUAGAAUAUGCAACACAAAUAAUGAAGCAGAAAGAAAAAGAGCGGGUAGUGAUGCGGAAUUUGAUGCUUUUCCUAUAGAUAAUGAGACAAAAACUGUUUGCAGACAGCAGAAGACGUGUUCGCUGGCCAGAAAUCCUGCAGGAGACUCAUCAUCUGACACAUGUUUGCAUAAAAGAAGGCAAAGAAGGGCUGGAAAUGGCUACAAUUCUUUCUCAGACGUGGAAUAUUCAGAUCAACUCAGCGAUGAAAGACAUUCUUGCCAGAACCAUUCGAAGAAGAGGCGCUAUGCAUCCUUGAAUGGUGAGGCAGGUAUAAUUUAUCGCAAGCGCUGUCGAUAUAGAUAUUCGUCGUCGCCACAUAAAGAUCACAAACAACGCCUUAACUCGCCACAUAGGAGAUGGAGCCAAGUGGGCAGUUCCAGUGUGGACUUUAACCACAAAAACAGAAAAGAACCUCGCCAAGAAAAGCAACAAUGUCAAGCUAGGCACAAUUUAAAGAGCAACGCCUCAGAAAGAGGAAGCUGUUUAACAUCAGAUGGGCUGCUCCCAUGCUAUCCUUCAUUGCAAGAGAAUACGUGGGGAGUCUCGGCGCCAAAUGACACGGGGAAAGAUAAAAAUAUGAUAAGUGUCCCGCCUUCCAUGACAGUGGAACGUUACACCUCAAUGGUUAAACCAUCAAUGGGAUCCUCUGUGGGAGAUGUCCAUUCAAAGGCAAACAAUCAGCUCCUAGACAGGCCGGUGUCCAAAAUCACAACAUGCGAUAUGCAUGAAGUCGAUGCACAAACAGAAAGUAGGUUUUCAGAAAUGUGGAUUAAUCGCACAGACCCAACAGGGGAUGUUUUACUUCCUAGGCUUUCAUUUGUCCUAGAGGACAGCACAGAGGAGCCUCACAAUGAACAAGCACAUAAUCAGGGUCUGUUGCAGAAAGAUGGGAUUCCUCAGAAGCUGGCUGACCCGUGUGGGGAUAGUGUGAAAGAUAUCAAGGCAUCCCUAAACGAAGUCUUUCUCUGCCGUUAUGAAGCUAUACCCAAGGGAUGUGCAGAGGGAAAGUGGCUUCAAGGUAGCUCAAACAUUCCACACUCCAAUGCCCAGCAGAAGGACGCUAUGUCACUUACUGGCAACAGACCCCAAAAGUCGGAGCAACUGUCCAAACCUUUCUCCCCGCUUUCUCAAACAAUAUCCUUCGCGCCCGAAGAAAUCGAGAAGUACAGGCAACUGCAGAUGCAAGCUCAGCAGCACAUUGAGCAACAGAAGCUGGACAGCAGAGUGAAGGCACCUUCCUCCACUGCAGUAGGUCCCAUGCAGCCUCCCGUCCCUCGCCAGCAGUCUAUGACCACCGCAUCGAUUACCACCAUCCACCGCUCCAUGCUCCAACGCCACCCAGCUACCGCCUCCAUGACCACAGGGUCGUUCAUACAGCCUCACCUGCAGUCCCUCCCACAUAUUCACCCUCUCCCGCCACACUUAACACACAUUUCAUUAGCGCAUGCCCUUUAUCCGGGUGGCCCCCCGACGUUUCUAGCAGCUCCGCAACUUCACAUUAUUCCCGCCUGUGCUCUCCAACCCGACCACUUUGCCCUGCACCCAUUGCCAGCCGCUGCCUUAUUCCCCCCAUUGCUCACCCUCCACACACCUGCUAUUCCUCUCCACCAUUUCCUGAAUUCCACAUUCGCCACCCAAGAUUUUCUGCACCUAACAGGAGCACCCACGUAAACUGCGGGAUGAAAUUACUGUAGCCUGGAAUCCAGGACUGGGUUUUCAUCAAGUCUGUAAAUAAUAAUGGCAUUGCCAAUUUUUGGUUGUGUUUCCAAUAUUUUUUACAAAGUGGUAGAGGAAAUAUAAAUUAUACCUUAUAUGUAAUGUCAUACUAAUCUCUUUCUUGCAUCUUACUGUUAGUAUUGGGAUGUUCCCUCUUUGCUGCAAAACUUGCUAUAAAACUUGAAGUCUACAGAGUAUUUAAUGUUGAUGUGCUGCUGGUAGUGUUUACAGUAAUGUAAAUAAAUAUUCAUAAAUUUAUUCUGAACGUACACACAAACAUUUUCAAAGGUUGAGGAAAGGAUUUACUGCUCCUUCCCCGUGACUAUUUGUUGUGUGUUUUUUUAAUAAAUAAAGUGAAUGCUGUGUAUAUUCA